AUGUAUGAUGGCAACAGUGAUCGUAAAACUCAAGUGUCUGAUAUCCCUCUCCUUGGUCGGAAUCUACUUCUUCGUGGAGGGUCAGAGUCGCCAGGUACAAAAUUGGAUUGUCACGUCAAGCUGUCCCUGCCUCUGCAAGAUUCUCUCAAGGAAGUGAAGGUCGUGGGGUCAUGGGAUGGUUGGAAGGCCCGUCACCCGCUGCAGCGGAAUGAGGACGCGUUUGAAGCUUCUCUCAGCUUGCCAGAAGGGUUGUAUGAGUUCAAGUUCAUCAUGGAUGGAAGGUGGACAACGAACGAUGGGUGGCCGCUAUCCAAAGAUGGGCAUGGAAAUGCCAACAAUGUCCUCAACGUGACGAUGCCGGAGGUCAAGAUAGAAGAGGUUCAGGCUGCGGAAGAGGUUCAGAAUACCAACGUCUGCAAGGCUCCUAGGAGACUGAGGUGUGGGCUGUUUGCUUGGGAGAGCCUGCAUACAGUAGCAGCUGGCGGGGUUGCCCCGCACGUAACGGAGUUAGCAGCGGGGCUGUUCUUUUGGCUGUGCCAGUGGCUGGAAUCUUUUCAAAAAGAUUUUCACUUUGACAUACUACACGCCCAUGACUGGCUAGCUGCCAAGGUUAUCGUCGCAGCCAAACAAUUCCCGGGAAGGAGGCACAGAGCUGUUGUGACGAUGCAUUCGACUGAAUGGGGACGAUGUGGGCAGAAGUAUGCAAGAUGGAAAUGUGAAGGGCAGUCAGGCCUUAUCAGAGAGAUAGAACGUGCUGCCUGCGAGGCGGCCGACAGAGUCAUCUGUGUGUCCGGAGUGCUAGAGGAGGAAGUAAGGAUGUUGUACGAUGUCCCAGCGUACAAGACACGUACGAUCUACAAUGCGAUCCAUGUCCGUCAGUACGAGUGUGUUCAGGUGGACCCUGGACAGAUCAAGCGGCAGAUAGGAUUUGACUGGUACAACCCGAUGAUUCUCUUCGUGGGACGUAUGGUAGAACAGAAGGGUCCUGAUAUCUUGCUCGACGCCGUGCCGCAGAUCUUAGCAAACAACUCGGAAGCUCGGAUCGUCUUCAUCGGAAACGGCCACAUGCUCCCUGACAUGAAGGAGCGAGCGAUUGCCCUCGGUGUGUCGCAUGCCGUGCGUUUCCUUGGGUCAGCAUCAGGAGAUCCGCUCAAGAUGUACGAGAAAGCCUGCGAUGUCCUGGUGGUUCCCAGUCGGAAUGAGCCGUUCGGCAUCGUCGUCUUGGAGGGAUGGGCUUGCCACAAGCCUGUUGUUGCUACCACGUCGGGUGGACCACGGGAGUUCCUGUGCUCUGAGAGGGAGGGUAUCCUGAGUGAUCCCGUCGCCGAGAACGUGAGCGCAAGCGUCACGAAACUCCUGUCCAACUGGACGAAGUUGCAGGAGAUGGGGGAGAACGGAUUCAGGAAGUGUGCAGAACACUUCAACUGGGACUCCAUUGCACAACAAACAGAAGAAGUGUACUAUGCAGCUGUAGGGUGA